AUGAACGCAGCCACAAGAAAACCGAGCAAAGCCGUCAUGAAGCCUGGAAAACCUUUGCGAGCCGCCGGCGGGCAUGAUGCAAGGUUACAGAUGUCGAAAACGAAGACUGGCAUGCGGUAA